AUGCAAUCCGGACAAAGCCCUCUAAAAGAUGGCAUGCAAUUCGGACAGACCCCUCCAAAAGAUGGCAUGCAAUUCGGACAGACCCCUCCAAGAGAUGGCACGCAAUUCGGACAAACCCCUACAAGAGACGGCAUUUUGGAAAAUGUCAAUAGUUUGUCUGAUGAAAAAACAACAUUUGAAAAACUUGCUCUGGAUUUACCAUACUAUGCCAAAUAUUUUUUAAUUGCUGCAUAUAUUGCAUCAUUUAAUUUACCAAAAUAUGAUAGGCAACUGUUUGUUAAAGCAUCAAACAAAAAAAGAAAAACUAAUCGGUUAACAAAUAAAACAGAAAAUUCUGCUAGUCAACUAGUUGGUCCUAAAGCUUUCUCGUUAGAUCGUUUAUUAGCAAUAUUUUAUGCUAUUAUUGAAGAAAAUACAAACAUGACUGCCAACCUUUUAGCGCAAAUUAAUACAUUAUCGGAUUUGGGACUUUUAAUACGUUUAGGGGAUGGUAAAUUGGAAACCCCUAAAUACAGAUGUAGCGUUAGUUUUGACUGUGUCAGUAAUAUUGCUCGGCAUUUUUAA